ACUAAAACUGGAGUGAUGAAGUGAGGAGUGGUCAAAUGACGACCGUUUGGGGUAUAAAAGUGUGUCUGUGUGCUCGGGGACAAACUAGCUGAAUGUCCUGAACAACAGCCUGCUCCGUGCACACCUGAGGAGGAAAGACAAGAAAAGGUAGAAUGGAUGUAAGUACCUCGUCAAAUUCUCUGACGCCUACUCUGCACGCUGAUCCGCUGUGUGGCAGCUGCACGCCGUCUGGCUCUGCCCCACAGGCGAACAGCCUUUGGCCCAGCCAGUCCUCUGGAGCAGGGUUCCCUGCGUGGCCAGGACAGCAGCCCGCCCAGCCUCAGCCAUGCUGGUAUGGACAGUCGAGCACACCCUGCUGGCCUGGGACGCAACCGGCUCCGAUGUCAGUCCCUGCCCCAACUCCAGUUCCUGCUCCAACACCAACUUUUGUUCCUCCAGCACCGGUGCCAGGUCCCGCACCAACGCAAGCCUGCCAGCCUUGUUGGCCAGGACCCCAGUACCAGCCCUCUCCAACCCUAGCUCCAACUCCAGCCCAACUCCCAGCUCCAGCUCCACCUACACCUACAGUCCCAACACAUGCUCCAAGUGUCCAUCCAAAUGUCCCAGGUUGGCCUACACCCCCUGCUUGGCCUUACAACCCAGGUCAAUCAGGAUGGCCUGGACAAAAUCCAGGUAUUGCGCCUUCACACUGGCUACCAACCAUCUCUGGACCGCUUAGUGUCCCCUACAACCUGAACCUGGCUCGAGGGGUCUACGACAAGAUGAUGAUGACCAUCAUGGGUUAUGUCAAACCGAAUGCUAAAAUGUUCACUGUGAACUUUCUGAGAGGCAACGACAUCGCCUUUCACAUCAACCCCCGCUUCAACGAGGGGGGCAAACAGGUGGUGGUACGAAACCACAAAAUCGGCGAGCGCUGGGGUCCAGAAGAGAGGGACCUGAAAGGACCCUUCCCUUUUGCUCUUGGGAGCCCAUUUGAGAUGAAGAUCUUGUGCACACAGGAGGCGUUCAGGGUGGCAGUGAACAACAUACCUCUGUUUGAGUUCAGGCACCGCAUCCGAGAGCUCAACCAGAUUGACAGAAUCAACAUCCUGCAUGAUGUCGUCCUGACCUACGUCAAUGUGGAGACACUCCCAUAGCUGAGACACACACGGUGCAAUAAAUACACAAAAUGUUAGUGCGCUAUAAGCAGAUGAUUACAGAAAUGUACUUGUUUUUAAAAUAAUCAUCAAACUGCAUAGAUGUGAUACAUGUAUUACAUAAUGAUGUGCAACAAUAUGAGCAGAGCUCAUUCUAAAAACAAUUUACAUACUAACUUUUUAGUGCACAUUGUUUGUUUUUACCCAUUUUGGGGUGUUUGGACCCAUAACUGCGAUUACAGUGCAUAAUCAGGUUUUCCACUAUUGCUACUAAAACACAACAAAUGUCUGAAAAUAACUUAUUUGCCGCAUUAUGGUUUAACUGUAAUAUAUAACAACUUGACAAUAAAGACAUCACAGCAAA